GUGUCAGGCUGCGCGUCGCGCCGCUCGUGCCUCCCCGGCUGCAGCCCCCUUCCCGCGCGGUGCUCUUAUCCCCUCGCUCUCUUCCCCGCUUGCCCAAAGCAGCAGCAACAUGUCAGGCUCGGGCAGGAAGGACUUUGACGUGAAGCACAUCUUGCGCCUUCGCUGGAAACUAUUCAGCCACCCGUCGGCGCCGGCCGGGCCGGUGGGGGGCGGCUGCUUGCAGCCGGACGGCAGCUUCGAGCACUGGGGGCCGAGCCAGAGCCGCCUGCUGAAGAACCAGGAGAGGGGCAGCAGCGCCUUCUGGAAGAAAUCCUCUUCCUCCAGCCCGCUGAACGGGACCCUGCUGCCCGCCACCAGGCAUGGGCUGGGCCAGCGGCCGUCGCCCAGGACCGUCUUCUACGUGGAGACCCUGGAGGAGGAGGAGGUGCGCGGCGGGAUGGAGCUUACCCGAGAGCAGGAGAAGUCGCUGGUGCUGCAGGAGAUGAAGGAGGAGCCGGCGGACUGUUCGGACUGCAGCAGCCAAGCAACAGGUGAAGGAUGUGGACACAGAUUGUCAGCAGCCGGCCAUCCCCUGACACCUCAAUGUGAUAUGGAUUCCAGUAGCUCUGAGGAGUUCUAUCAGGCAGUGCACCAUGCUGAACAAACCUUCAGAAAGAUGGAAAGCUACUUGAAGCAACAGCAACUCUGUGAUGUUAUCCUGAUUGCUGGGAACCGUAGGAUACCUGCACAUAGGCUUGUUCUCAGUUCUGUCUCUGACUACUUUGCUGCCAUGUUUACAAGUGAUGUUUGUGAGGCCAAGCAAGAGGAGAUCAAAAUGGAAGGCAUCGACCCUAAUGCUCUGUGGGAUCUUGUUCAGUUUGCAUACACAGGUUGCUUGGAAUUGAAAGAGGACACCAUUGAAAACCUUCUGGCAGCUGCCUGCCUCCUUCAACUUCCACAAGUAGUAGAGGUUUGCUGCCAUUUUCUAAUGAAGCUUUUACAUCCAUCCAACUGUUUGGGAAUACGAGCAUUUGCUGAUGCACAGGGGUGCACAGAUCUUAUGAAGGUGGCUCACAGCUACACCAUGGAGAACAUAAUGGAAGUUAUUAGAAAUCAAGAGUUUUUACUACUGCCGGCUGAGGAACUACAUAAACUUCUUGCCAGUGAUGAUGUGAAUGUUCCUGAUGAAGAGACUAUUUUCCAUGCCUUAAUGAUGUGGGUUAAAUAUGACAUGCCGAGGAGAUGUAGUGACCUCAGUAUGCUGCUUGCCUAUAUCAGAUUACCACUGCUUCCACCACAGAUAUUGGCUGACCUAGAAAAUCAUGCACUUUUUAAGGAUGACUUAGAAUGUCAGAAGCUAAUUCUGGAAGCUAUGAAAUACCAUCUUUUACCAGAAAGAAGAACUCUAAUGCAAAGUCCAAGAACUAAACCUAGAAAGUCUACAGUUGGAACACUGUAUGCUGUUGGAGGAAUGGACAACAACAAAGGUGCUACAACUAUAGAGAAGUAUGAUCUCAGGACAAAUAUAUGGAUCCAGGCUGGAGUGAUGAAUGGCAGGAGGCUGCAGUUUGGUGUGGCUGUCAUUGAUGACAAACUCUUUGUUAUUGGAGGCCGGGAUGGUUUAAAGACAUUAAACACUGUUGAAUGUUACAAUCCAAAAACCAAGGCUUGGACUGUCUUACCCCCAAUGUCAACACAUAGGCAUGGUUUAGGUGUUACAGUACUUGAAGGGCCUAUUUAUGCAGUGGGUGGCCAUGAUGGCUGGAGCUAUUUGAACACGGUUGAGAGGUGGGAUCCACAAAGUCAGCAGUGGACAUUUGUGGCAAGUAUGUCAAUUGCCAGAAGCACUGUUGGAGUGGCAGCAUUAAAUGGCAAGUUAUAUUCAGUGGGAGGUCGUGAUGGAAGUUCUUGUUUGAGUUCAAUGGAGUAUUAUGAUCCUCACACAAAUAAAUGGAAUAUGUGUGCUCCAAUGUGUAAGAGAAGAGGAGGCGUAGGUGUGGCCACAUGUGAUGGCUUUCUCUAUGCAGUUGGAGGCCAUGAUGCUCCUGCUUCUAACCACUGUUCCCGACUCCUGGACUAUGUAGAAAGAUAUGAUCCAAAAACUGAUACUUGGACAAUGGUGGCUCCGUUGAGUAUGCCUCGAGAUGCAGUUGGUGUCUGUCUUCUUGGUGAUAAAUUAUAUGCAGUGGGUGGAUAUGAUGGCCAGACAUACCUGAACACUAUGGAAUCAUAUGACCCUCAAACUAAUGAAUGGACGCAGAUGGCUUCCCUAAAUAUUGGAAGAGCUGGUGCCUGCAUCAUAGUCAUCAAGCAACCGUGACUCUGUCAGCACUGCUUUGGAUUUUACUGACUGUGAAAUGUUUAUUUUUCUAUCAGACAAUAAGAAUGAUAACUUUGUGGAAAAAAAGGAUUUUCAUAGUGAAUACUCUGAUCACAAAGUUGAGGAAAUUUGAAAAUGGGAAAGAUUAAGGAUUUAUGCCCUGUCCAGUCAUUAGAAACUGUUCAGUCAAUGAACAAGAACAAAUCAGUCUGUUGUAGGAGCAAAUGUAUAAACAUACUGCAGUAAGUUCAGGUACUGUUCUUGAGAAUAUGUACUGCAGAGCUGAUAAUUGGAAGCACCCAGGGCUAGCUCUUCAUAAGGAGCAGAAGGGAUAUGAGAAGAGGUUUCAUGAAACAAAUAGGUUUGACUGUGGAAUCAUCACAGCACAUUCAGUUACUUUUUCAACUUUUGUUUUAUUAAAAGGAAAAGUAGACAUAAUGUGAUGUUCUUUUGUCAAAAUCUUAUCUUCAAAGGGAUCAUGGAUUUGCCAUUUAGACAUAUGUUUAGACAAGGAGAGGGAAUCAGUUCUUAUUAAAAUAAAGAGGAAAGGUUGAAAGGUCUGAAUAUUUCAGCACUCUUACUCAUUCAAAAUGAUUAAGCUGCUUCUCUAGAGUCUGAGGGAAAGUAAAUGAAAAAAUUAAAACAACACAAUGCUUGUUUCAGUAACUUUGGACUGUCCCUCCCUGUCAGAGUUGGGAAUCAGAGGUUGCCCUGAAAUCAUAUCCUGAGAAUUAGCACAAACUCAAUUCAGAAAUAAGAGCAAGCUUUUUAGACCCAUUGGGACUUUGUUGCAAAAAAUAUGAGUCCAAGGACCUGUCUCAUAAAUCUACCUUAAUCUUGUAUUCAAAUCAAGCAUGUGGGUUUUGGUCACAUUAAAUGUUUUAUUCAUCUUCUGCAUGUAGAAGCCCCUGGAAGACAGCUACUUCUAUUUUAUUACAUCAUUUAACAGAUGAAACAUGACUCGGCAAUGGAAAUUUCUUUUGGCUAAGUUUGACAGAAGCCUCAUUGCAGAUAGACAAGAGGGAUAAAAAUGUCAUUACAUUUUCUUUUUUUUCAAAACCACACACUCAACUUGACCUUAUUCUAGAUGCCAUAAAACCCUUCCAUUUUAUUACUGAAAGUUAUUGCAAGUAAGGGAUGGAUUAGAAAUGUAUGCAAGUAGAAUAAGACAAUAUUAGACCAUCAUGAGCUAACCAAUUCUGUAUAGAAAAUAUACUAGACCCUUGUGUGCUUCCUGUUAAAGUUUAUCAAUUACAGUAAUAAAGCUGUAUCAUGCUUUUCAGUCAGCAAUAGUGCUGAGUUUCGUAUUUUCUAAUUGCUCAGUUGAAUCAGUUUAACACCUAAUGGAGAGUGAGGAUCCCAGAGAUCACAUCAUUCAAGGAGGCACAUGAAUUGUGAGGAAUGGGCCUACUGGUAGAAAACAAUCUUUUUCUCUGAACCAAUGCAGAUCUAUUAGGAAAAAAGUUUGUAGUUCAAUUACAGAAGUCACUCAGUUCGUAACAGUUCAGAAUUAUUCUGAACUGGUUUGCCUUUAGCUGUUUUGAAGGUAAUUCUGGCUGAAGACAAGACUUUUUAGUAUUUGAUCAGAAUGGAAACCUUUGAGACCACUUGGGUUGAUAAGAAUAUAAAUUAGUCUUAGUGACAUAUGGUUUGAAGACAUGUCCUUUUAAUGGUAAGGACCAGCAGAGAUAAUGUCACUCUAUCAUUGAAUGACCUGACCUGUUUCCUGAGUAUGUGAUAGCAUGAACCAACUUUCAUAUCAAGGCAUAGAUGCGGGUUUGAUCUUUGUGCUCUUCUCUGUGCUAGUGUGAAGGCAGUUGCAAAUGUCUGAGUGUAAGCUCCACACAAACAUUUGGCUCUUGAAUUACAAUUAGUCUCUGUAGCAGUCCAGCCAAGCAAUCUUUAAGGGCAAUAUAAAACUAGAAUCCUACAGUCUGAAUUUAGGAAUAAACCCAUGUUUUUUUAUGUGAUUGUACUACCAGAGGGUUCCACCAUUAACUGGGCCUUACAGUGGGGAAAAAGUGAUGGUCUGGUGUCUUCCCACUCUUUUCCCCAUCCAAAAAAGAGUUGAUAUAUUCCAACUUUUUUCUUCUGUACACUUCUUUCAUUUUUCAGCCAACAGUGGUGAAAGUUGCAGUAUGACAUAGCUAUAUAAACAGUAAAUCCUACCAUUAUUUGAAUGGAAAUUUAUAUAAAUAUUAAAAAUGUUACAGCUCAGCUACCAAGUG